AUGUCAACAUUUCUACGGUUAUCUUCUUCCUGGGAAGAUCUUAUAGAGUCUCUCUCUCUGAGCACAAUAUGGAAUUGGCUACAAGCAACAGUUCUGGGAGAGUCUAGUGUGCCUCAGCAAACAAAUUUGGGGAUACUACAUAAUAUUGCUCCAGCUGUUCAAGUCGUCCUGAGGAUUUCCUUUUUGAUUCUCUUGACAGUAGGAUUAUAUGCCUUAUCGAAAAGAAGUUUUCAGUCAAUUCAGAGAAUACUGUUGUUUAUAAUCACCCUCUACAAACUUUACAAGAAGGGCUCAGAUUUUUUUCAGGCUUUGAUGGCCAACCCAGAAGCGAACAUCUUCUCAGCUCCAGACAAUAAAAACAUCUUCCUGUCCUUGGGUCUGCAAGAGAAAAUUUUGAAAAAACUCCAGAUGGUGGAAAACAAAGUGAAGGACCUGGAAGGGAUGAUCAUUUCUCAAAAGCCUACUAUGAAGAGAGAUUGUUCCUCUGAGCCCUACUGCAGCUGCUCCGACUGCCAGAGCCCCUUGGCCACAUCAGGGUUUACUUCCACAUCCGAAGUGUGA